GCUGUCGGCCUACGCGCCCUUCCCUCCGGAUCAGGGCCCUGGGGGGGGAUUCGCCGAGGGACUGUGCCUCGCCUGGGUGCUCGGGAAGAAUUGCGGGAGCCUCUCCCACCCUCCGAAGUUUUUCUUUCAGAGAUUAAAGCUUGGUUGCUUUAGUCCGCGCGUGGGUCGCCCUUUUCUUUGGGGCGUUGCGUGUCGGGUCUUUUGAGAGAACCGCGCAGUAAAAGGAAGAACAGCCGGCUUUCUUACGGCUCCCCCUCACAAAGAACGGGCUGCCCUUCCCCGGUUCCUUCCGGGGUUUUUGCAUGGAUGGUCUGUGGGCCGGGAUGCCGGGCGCCGGAGUAGAGCGGGAGCCCGGCUCUGGAAGCAGGCGCUUCGGCCUCUCUAGGAGAUUCCCCGAAAUGGGAGGAGAGGAAUUGAAGUCGGCAGGUUGGGGUUGAAGGACUCUUGGGGUGCCUGUGACAUCGGAGAGGGGAAUGGAACGAAUGAAAGAUCGGCUUGUUGGGUCGAUGUACGAAGUCUGUAGGAGUGGGAUGGGAGAAGAUGGGUGUCAGCGUGAACUCUAACUCCAGCUUGCUCUAAUAGGCCUUUGCGAGUUUUCAAGUGUCCAGUAAGGUUUACAUUUUCCUACUCCAUUAACAAUGCCUUCCUCUCCCCAUUAUAUGCCAGAGAAACUGCUUGAGGAGAAACAAGGUUUGUGUGAGUAGGUGUGUGCAGUCUGAGGCAAAAAAAAAAAAUCACCUGGUAAACAAGGGUGUGUCCUCCUAUACUUAAACCAGACAAGGGCAGUGGGAAGCUUCAGCUUGUCCCAGCAGGAAUAGUGCCACUUCUACUAUUUUCCAAACAUGAUGUUUCCUCUGUUCUGAGGGGGAAUUAGCUAAUAGCUUCGAAGCAUCCAAAGGGAAGCGGAACAAGAGUUAUGAUGGAUCUUAGAAGAGUCCGUGAUGUGCACUUCUCUCCCCAUGUGGCACAUUCGGCCCAGGAGCUAUUGGAGCAAAUAAUACCUGAACACGAUACUUUACGCCAAGCCUUGGCUUCUCUCUCUGCUGGUCUAGCAAAGCUUGAGAAACACCUGGAAGAGACAGAUCAUCGUGUGGGAACCCUGGAAGCAAAGGUGAUGUCUACUCAAGGUUGUGUUGUCAAACAUGCUACUCUGAUGAAGGAGCUGGCAGUAGGAAAGUUGGUGGCUGACUACAAGCUGGAGACCCUAGAAAACAAAUUGCGAGCUCGGAACUUGAGGGUUACGGGUGUCCCAGUAGCCAUCAGAAAUGUGAACCUGAUCCCGUUCAUAGAAAAUCUGUUAUCAUCUGCCUCAGAUUUAAAUGGCAAACAGGUUCCCAUCUGUAUAGAAAGUGCUUACCGUCUCCCAGCAAAAAAUGCCCAGGUGGGUAACGUGGGUAAUGGCAGUACUGUACUAAUCACCCUUUCUGAUUUGCGGCAUCGGGAGAGAAUACUGAAGACAUCCUGGACUUCCUGGACUACAGACUUCCAUGGUCACAAGGUAUCCUUCUUUCCUGAUCUCAGUCCAUUGACAUAUGCCCGACGGAAACAUUUUGUGGCUCUCAAGCAACAGUUCCUGAAGGAAGGAGUUCAGGCUUAUGUAUUGUACCCUGCAAAAUUAAAGGUUCUGCACCAGGGGAAAACAUACAUCUUCAAGGACAUUCGAUCUGCGGCUCAGCUGCUGGAUAAAAUCCGAAAAGAAAAGAUGACUGUGACUUUGAUCCGCAACAGGCUGGCGCUGCUGGUCCUAGGAAUCCUUGUUACUUUUGUCCUCUACCUGUUGCUUCCUGCGAUCCAGCAUGAAAAAUUUACUGCUUCAGUAGACAUCCCUAAGCCACGGGCCAUGGAGGAAGAGAUGAAGGGUACAGGUGCUGGGAAUGUCACCAUCGUGACAGGGACAACUUUGCAAAACCCUUCUGUUUUCUUUAGAGAAGCGGUGCUGGUACAAAACAAUGUGGCUUCUUCCACUGAAAGGCUGGCAGUGAUCUUCUUGCAUGGUCAGUCCUUCACAUCCAAGAUAUGGGAGAAUCUAGGAACACUGGCUUUGCUUUCAGAGAAUGGAUAUCGUGCAGUAGCUAUUGAUUUGCCUGGUUAUGGGGACUCCCCACACUCAGAUUCUGUUGGGACUGCACAAGGCCGUGUUUCUUUUCUGGAGCAAGUCUUCAAGGAGCUGGGCCUUCAGAAGUCCGUUUUGAUAAGCUCAUCUAUGAGUGGUCGAUAUUCCAUUCCAUUCCUCCUUUCUAGCGGAGAACAGCUGAAGGGGUUUGUGUCUAUUGCACCAGUGGGCACAAAAGACUUUACAACUCAACAAUAUCAGCAGGUCAAGACACCAACAUUGAUAAUUUAUGGAGAGCGUGAUACUGGCCUGGGUAUACAGUCUCUGCAGAGCCUUCAGCAGAUUCCCAGAUCCAGAGUUGUCAUGUUGCCUGGUGCUGGUCAUGCCUGUUAUCUUGAUAAACCUCAGGAGUUCCACAAAGCACUGCUGAACUUCCUCAGAGAAUUAAAAUGACUGUGGUAUCCAUUCUUACUUGCCCUGCUGUAUCCCAUUUUCCUUUUCCCAGGGAAAAAGUGAAGACUGAAUGUCUAUUAUGUAACUGGGAUGAUGUGCAUAUACAUCUGUUUCUUCAUACUUCAAGGGCUAUAGAGCUUUUUGGCAGCUUUUUGAUGGAAGAAUUUAUCUCUGCUUGUUUGUGGAGUUAUUUCUUUUACAAGUGCUCCAAGUGUGAUUGCCGGAAUCCUGCAAACUGGCAGAAGUACUGGAUCAAGGACAUAGAGAGCAGGGUAGCACUAUUUUCACAAUAUUUUUGUGACAGACUGAAGAACUUGAUCUGCACAUCACUAUUCAAUUUUUGUCCUUUUUAAGAGCUGAUCUCUCCAGAGAAAGGUGCAACAUCAACUCCAGCAUCUUACUUCAGGAACCCAGGCCACAGAUACUGUCCUGAGGUUGAUUUUUUUUUCCCAUUAACUACCAACUACUAUUUUCAGUGUGCACAUUUCUGUUCUGAGGAUCAGGUGUUUUAUUGUGCUUUUUAUCUUAUAUCUAUUGUUGUGGUUUGGCGGGUUUCCUCACAUUUUUUCAACAGUGGAAGGAGACAAAAUUGAUGUGCUUGUCCUUGCUUGGAGCAGGUAACUUUUGAAAUUGCCCAAGAGGCAUUUGGGAAAUUUGAAAAAAAACUUUGGAAAAGAAAUGACACAUUUUAAAUGCAUUUUUUCCUUUAACUUUGAUGACCAUGUAAUACCUUGGUUGCCUAGCUGUAACAUGUUGGCCCUCUGUGAAUGACAUAUUUAGUUAGAAUGUGUCAUCCAAGUUCUCACCUAAGCAAGAGGGUAUGGAAGACAUAAAGAGAAUGAAUCAAUAACCUUUCGAAGGAGCUUAGUCCAUGUGUUAGAGGAGGGGAUGAUUUCUCCUACUCAUUAGGUUAUAUGUUAUCUAGGUUUUUGAGUGUUGCAAAACCGUUUAAGGGUAAAUAAAUUGUUUAUACAGAUAUUUGGUGUAUAUAUGUGUGUAUGUGCAAACUAGACACACUUGAUGAGAUCAAGCUAUGAGGCCAUGACUGAUAACAUAGAAAUUUGGCUUUAUAAAACCUUAUGGAAUAAG